AUGAAUCUAUGCAUUACAUUACAAUUAAUUAAUUUUCCAUUGAUUGAAUCUAGUUUUUAUCUUCAACAAUUACUUAAUAAUUCCUAUUCACCAAAUAUACAAAUAUCAAUUGAAAUUUUCAAGGAAUAUAUACUUCAUAGUGAAAUCAAAUCAUUAUUUUAUCAUUUAUUAUUACAUGCACAUGUAACUGAAGAACAACUUGAACAAUUUAUGUUAUCUAUUUGUCAAUUAGCAUUUGAUACAGUGUCAUAUCUUGGAUUUUUUAAAGAACUGUUUAUGAAUCGGAUAUUACAUGGAAAUGGUUUAUCAAAAAAUAUUUUUUUUACUACACCUAUUAAUCCAUCUAUUAUAUCGAACGAUGAUAAUAUUGUUCAUAGACGAGAUUCUCUUGUACAUCAAUUACCACAAGUAUUAGAAAGUUUAAAAGUAUCUUAUGAACCAUUAGAACAAACAUCAUUUAGAAACUUAUGUUGA